AUGCUUGGCUCACGUUCGCAGUUACAAUCACAGUCGCAAUCACAGCUGAUGAUUUCGUCUAAUUCCCAUGAUCAGGAUCAAGAAGAAGAGAUUCCACGGCCACCAACAGCUUUCCAUUUGCGUCAAUUGCUAGUCACUUGUGCAGACCUCAUCUCUCAAUCGGACCACUCCGCUGCUAAACGCCUCCUCUCCAUUUUGUCCUCAAACUCUUCUCCUUUUGGUGACUCCUCCACUGAGAGGUUGGCUCAUCAGUUUGUUCGAGCCCUUUCUCUCCGCCUCGAUCGCCAUGGAAACACUACUAGUAGUACUCCUGCAGCUCCUCUUGUUUUCAAUAUCAACAACAUAGUCACCUCUCCUCCUUGUGGUACUAAUAAUAAGAUGUUGUUUAGCUAUGAGUCGGAUCAGGAGACUCUUCGGUCUUCAUAUUUGUCCUUGAAUCAGAUCACGCCGUUCAUAAGAUUCAGCCAUCUAACAGCAAAUCAGGCCAUCUUGGAAGCCAUACAAGUAGGGCAGCGAGCCAUUCACAUCAUAGACUUUGAUAUCAUGCAUGGGGUGCAAUGGCCUCCAUUGAUGCAAGCUUUAGCUGAGCGAUCUAACAACACUAUUCAUCCUCCUCCUAUGCUUCGAAUCACUGGGACUGGCCAUGACUUGAGCAUUCUCCACAGGACUGGUGACCGCCUUUUGAAAUUUGCUCAGUCUCUGGGCCUAAGGUUCCAAUUCCAUCCUCUUCUUCUUCUCAACAAUGACCCUACCUCUCUUGCCCUCUAUCUCCCUUCGGCAAUUACUCUUCUCCCAGGUGAAGCCCUCGCCGUGAACUGCGUGUUGCAUCUUCACAGGUUCCUCAAGGAUGAUUCUCGUGAACUGCUCCUCUUUUUCCAUAAAAUCAAGGCCUUAAACCCUAAGGUGGUGACCGUAGCCGAAAGGGAGGCCAACCACAACCACCCUCUCUUCUUGCACAGAUUCCUGGAGGCCUUGGAUCACUACACAGCUCUCUUUGACUCCCUAGAGGCAACCCUGCCACCAAACAGCAGGGAGAGACUGGCUGUUGAGCAGAUAUGGUUUGGGAGAGAGAUAAUGGACAUAGUAGCAGCAGAGGGAGAGGGAAGAAGGGAAAGGCAUCAGAGGUUUGAGAUUUGGGAAAUGAUGCUGAAGAGUGUAGGGUUUCGCAAAUUUCCAUUGAGUCCCUUUGCAAUUUCACAGGCCAAGCUUUUGCUAAGGCUCCAUUAUCCUUCUGAGGGUUAUCAGCUUCAGAUUCUGAACAAUUCUUUCUUCUUAGGUUGGCAGAAUCAUUCCCUCUUCUCUGUCUCUUCCUGGCACUAG